AAUUAUUGCUCUUUGUAUUGAGAUACAUAAAUUGAUUUCCAUUUCAUUUCAUUUCAGAAACAAGACUGGCGAUAUACUUCCAGCAAUGUGAAAGCCAAUGGUUUGUUUUUAUAAUCAAUGAUAUUCUUACAUGUUGUUGUCUGUAUAUCUGUUUGAAUAAAUCUACCUCAGUUGUGGUACCUGUGUUGGUCGUGGCGUUGAGUAUAAACCUGUGGUUGAAUUUGUCAACAGCUACUCAAUCCACUGGAAAAUAUGUAAUAGGCUGUACUGUUUAUUGCAGCUUUGCCCCAAUGGGUCGUUUUCAUGUGGCUACUUCCUUAUGUUUCGUGCACAAUUGGCGUGUGGAUAUGUUAGUGAUUGGACUCAAAAUCAAAGCGAACAUAUUCGUGCACGAAACAUUGCAGGGAAUAUAACCUUCCUGUGUGCAUGGCGUGCCAAAACAGUCAAACAUGAAGACGAGGCCAUUGGGGCAAAAGUGCAAUAAGACAGCAAGAUCUAUUCUCGACGUUUUGGGCUAAGGCCUUUCAUCAAGAGAGUUAAAACUUUCAGACUAAAGGCCUUUCCUCGAAACGUCGAAGUUCGUUUUAUUUUUCAGGUAUAGUUUCAUCGUCUACACAUUGUCAAUUUGUUGUUUCUAUUUAGAUUGAGUACCACAAAUUCAACCGCAUCUUUAUAUAAUCUACAUGCAUGAUGAAUGUUACGAUUCACACACAAAUUUCUGUGAUGUUUACUCUUUAGUGCAUAUGCCCAAAUUUUUUAAGUAUAUAUUAAAAGUUUCAAAUGAAAAAUUAUGAUCACAUCUAUUUUCUCAUCUAAUUAUUCUACGAAGAUUGCUAUUCUAAACGUAUUAAACCGGUAUGCAUGACCUGAUUGUGUACUCUAUUUGUUUAUGCUCACUUUAGGACCAGUGUUUGACCAAGACUUGGAAGCUGGUGUGAAUGAACAGAUCAACGCUGAGUUGUCUGCUCAUUAUACCUACUUGUCCAUGGUAAGGAGAAGUAAUAAAAGAAAUCAUUCUUACCUUAUUUAACUUGGAGUAUUGUACAAAUAUCUCGAGUCUUGGGUUCUAUUGUAGGUAGGCGGUGAACAAUUAAUAUACAGCCAAUUCAAAAAGGGUUGUCCUUUGCAAACCUUGACUUUAUCCUUUUGAAAACAGAAUGCGUAUAUAAUGGUACCUGCGAAACAUCUGUAAUAACAUGAAUCAAGAGUCAAUACCGAUUAAAUUUAAAAUUCCAGGACUAAACUUCAUGUUAUUUCAAUUAGAUAUUUCGUGAUGUAAAAAUGUUGUUAUUUUGCUACAGAGUUAUCAUUUUGACCAAGAUGACCAUUACAUGCCAGGAUUUAGCAAGUUCUUUAAGAAAAUGGCGGAGGAAGAACACGAGCAUGCGCAAAUGGUAAGAUUAUAUCACCGCAUAACAACGUAACCACUGCUAGCCAGUGUAAUAGGGUGUUAUCUCGUGAACCAAGUGUGAACAAUGGUGUGAACCAAGUGCACGUGAUGUAUGUUGUGUUGCGCUUGCGUUCGGUUGUGUUGAAUUGUGUUGUGUUGUAUGUGUUGUACUGUGUCUUGCGUUCUUUUUGUAGUUGUUUUGUUUUUCGUUAUGUAACUUAAAGUAAUUGAGUGUGUAUUAUAUUGUGUGGUGUAAUAUUGAGUUACGUUUCUUUGUGCUAUGUUGUGUUGUGUUAUGUUAUGUUAUUGUGUUAUGUAACUUAUGUUGUAUUGUAUUACGGUUGUCGUUCUGUUAUGUUAUGUUAUGUUAUGUUAUAUUAUGUUAUGUUGUGUUCCUUUGAGUUGUGUUUUGUUCUACUGCCCGCUGUGUUGUGUACAAUAUUGUGUUAUAUUGGGUUGUGCAUUACUGUGUUGGCUUGCGUUGCAUUGUUUGUUGUGUCUUUUGCCGCUACUUAACCUGGUAUAAAUCAUGAUUAUCGUCUUUAAUCUGCGUAUUUGGCCACUAUAUAUUGUAUACAGAACUUCCCAUUUAUUUAUAUUUUAUUAUUUUUUAGUUCAUGAAAUACCAAAACAAACGUGGAGGAAGAAUCCGUUUCAACAGCAUUCCUGUACGUAGACAUCAGAGCCAUCAUUCUCGUUUCAAGUGGGGCACAAAAUUAGCCUCGCAAAAAAGUUUUGAAAGUCUUUACUUUACUUUAGUUUUGAGAAAGUUUGUUAAAAGUUUUGAAAGUCUUUACAACAGCCCACAUUUUCUACUGCAUUUAAUUACAUAUUCAAGCUUGAGUAAAGGUUAAUGCCUGCAUGUAAAUGAUGUAUUUUUCAACUUAUUCAGAAACCAUGCCAUGAUGGAAAUUGGGAGAAUGGAACAUUGGCAAUGAAAAGAGCACUUCAUCUGGAAAAAACAAUCAACAAAUUGCUCCUUAAUCUCCAUACUCUUGGCGACUCCAAAAACGAGCCACAGGUUUGAAACAGAUUCGGUAUUUAAUGUUAACACGGCGACGACACGCUAUUCUCGUUCCUGUCAGCGUUGUUAUAUUUUACCUUAACAUCGAUGCAAGACCUGCCCCCCCCCCCCCCCCCCCCCCCGCUGCUAAUCUUAACCCUAUCCAGUCUUGGGUCUUGCUAACCACAGCAUUUUGAGAACUAUUUUAUCGUGUUUUGGUGAUUUUAAAUAAUCGUUUUAACACAUACGAACUCUACUUAAUUACAAACCAAUCCAAAACAUUAAAGUAUAAAAUUUUCAUUGCAAGAAAUCAAACUAUAAUCCCCAAGCUCUGUACUGGUCGGAAUUUUUCCAAGGUGGGCCCACAAUUCUCCAGGCCCAGGGGGAUCUGGUCCACCCUCUGGCUAUGAUCGUAUGGUGAAAGUCAGAGGCGCCCCACUGAAUUCACAAUUCAGUUCUCGACCCCAUAACAAUAUGAUUAUAGCACGCCUUGUUAUUACUUAACCCUCUCAUUUACAUCUGAAAUUUGUAUCUGAAAUUUGUUUUAGUUCCUUGACUUCUUGGAGGCAAACUUUCUGGGCGAACAAGUGGACAGCAUCAAGGAAUUAUCCAACUAUGUUCAUAUUCUGCAACGACUCGACAGUCCUUUGGGAGAAUAUCAGUUUGAUAAACUGACUCUUGGUGGAGGCAAGGACUAGUCGAUAUAUACGACAUGGUCUCGGACGUUUAACUUUUCUAUGUUUUUUCAGGGUUAUAGACAUUACAAAUAAGUAGUUUCAUUUAGCCGCAUGGGCUUAAGUAAUAACAUAACUAAUUAGGGUAAAUGAUUUCAUGGUGAGUUAAUUAGGAAGCGUUUGUACACGUAACUUGUUCAGUUUGUCACUUGAAGUUAAUUCAAAAUGCUUUGUGACAUAAUUGUUUGUUAGUAAAAGUUUGAAGCACAUUUACAACUUAUACUGUACUGAUUCAAUAAAUAUUAUA